AAGCUGUCAUUCUAAUCAUAACUGCCAUUCCGUCUCGAUUUGUGAUGACAUUACCAAUAAAAUUUUGAUAAUCUCAUUAUAUACAUUUUGUCAUAAGCUAUAAAUUUUUAUCGUUAUUUUGAAAAUGGACGGCGGACAAUAUUAAUUUAUACAUGUAUAUGUUUACAAAUAUUUUAUUUGACGUCCUGAGUAGACAGACGUAUUGGAAACCAUGUCUUUUAUAACCAAACGGGAACGUGUGUUCAAUGAAUAUGACUUGUUCGACUUACCAGCGAGGAACGAAGGCAAACUGAAGGCUUAUUCGUCAUGUACUGACGCGAGAGCCUGGUCGCACUUUUGUUCGGACAAAACUGAACACUUGGUAGAAAUAAUAAAAAGGAACAAUGACACGUGUCGACCGAAGUAUAUACCAACUAACGUCAUAGUCGACACACUUAUGGUAACGAAGAACACAGAAAUAGCGCGACUCAAGCGUAAAAUUGAAGAGUUUGAACAAAUGUUGGCGGCGUACGAUCAACUGGAGCUAUCGUGUGAUCAAAAAUGUGAAAUUGCGAAUGCUCACGCCGCUAUAAGAGCAGCCAACAAAGAACUAGAUGACUUGUGCUUGGACCUGGACUUGUCUGGCUUUACCGAGGGGAUUGAUUCGGAAGCUUUUGAGACGGGCAAAUCAAGAGGAGACGAGCCGUCUAAAUAUAGGAUUGAUGAGUGGCUUGACGAAAGGGAACAUCACAUGAAAAAAAUGGAAACAAAAAGUAAUCAGAUGGGAAUGUCGUCUCCACGCGAUGCUAGUACAUCUGCUCGGGAUCCACGAAUCGAAGAAAUGAAAGAUACUAUUAUUGUUAAAGACGCCAAGUUAAACGCUAUGCAAAAUACUAUAGCGGUGAUGGAAAACGAUGUGUGCGAACCUUAUUGCAUUUAUGCUCAUAUUUACACGGCGUUAGAAAAAAUAUUUGGUACUUUGUGCCAAAAUGACAAAUAUAAGGAGUAUUUGAAUUUGCUGACCGCUGGAAGAGAUACUCGUUCUAUUGACAUCAAAGGGAAGAUACUUUUCAAACUAAAGGUUCUCGAGAAAUUUAGUUUGGCUUUAAUCGCUCCUUGUUCUCAAGAUUUCGCUCCAGCAGAUUGUUCAUGUUAUCGAGCUGAAUUAGUUACGCAUGUAGAAACUACAUUCGCACUUACAUCAGCUGAAACAAGAAUACCAAGUAUGGAUAACAAAAGAGCCCAACUGGUAGCAGACAUAAUGGAAAACGACGAAAUGAGAGAAAUACUCAAUAAAGAGAGCGGACCUCUCAAAGAUGAUAUUCAAUUAGACGUCGAUUUUUGUACCGAUAGCUACACGAUCGAUGGGGAAAAUUUAAAACGUUUGAAAAAUUUACAAAUUAAUUAUGAUGAUUUGAUGACUUGUUACGAAGCUUUGAAACACGAAAAAAAUUGCUUACAAGUAAAAUGUCAUAAGUACGAAGGUUUAGAGAAAGAACUUGAAAAUUUACGUUGCCAAUUACGAGAAUAUAAUUCUUUAUGGAAUGAAAAAGAACACCAUCGAAAACGGUCCACAGAUCUUGACACUUUGAAAGAAAAAUACUUAGUUCUAUCUGAUGAAGCUUCUAAUUUGGAGACACAACUGAAGGCUGAAACAGAAAUCAACAAAUUAAAAUCUAAAGCAAUUGAUGAGUUGAGGAACGAUAACAUUUUUGUUUCCUUAUUCCAUCCUGACUCUAAAGACAUAGGACUUAUCGAUCAAAAUGAAGCUUUCAAAGAACAGAUAAAGAAUCUGAAAGAUGCACUUUUUUGUAAUGAGGAGGAAAAACAGAAUUUACAAGAAGAAUUUCAAGACAAACUCAAGAUUAUUAAUGAUUUACGAAUGGAGAUUGAAGACUGGAAAAGUACAUACGAAAAAGUUCUUCAACGUAAUAAUUAUCUUGAGAACUAUACAGAAACAUUCAAAGACGAAGCUCAAAGACUUAUGGAGGAAAAUAGAAAUUUGACACAAGAUAUUGAAGAAAAAAAUACGGCUAUUGCAAAUCUAAUGAAUGUUAUUAAUAAUAAAUCACAAAAUAUAAAUAAUUUAUUGGAAGAAAUUGAACAUAGAGAUUCGGAUAAUAACAAUCUUCAAAAGGAAUUACAAGACCUUCGUGCGAAAUGUAAAAGCAGUACAGAUAUAUUAGUAAGAGAAAAAAUGGAGACUAUGAGUUCUCUGCAACUUGCAAGACAAGAAAGUCAAGAGUUAUUGAAAAAAAUAAAAGAUUAUGACGACGUUAUACACAAAAACGAUGACAUAUCUAAAGCUCUUGAGGCACAAGUCGAAGAUUAUAAUAAAUUGAAGGAGAUGCUAUUGAAUACUAUAGAAGAAAAUAAGAACCUUCAAAUAAAUUUAGCCAGUCGUGAAAAUAAUAAUUCUAUUUUAUUAAAAGAAAUUCAGAGGCUUCGUGAAAAAAAACAAAUGCUUCAAAAUGAAUUAGUAGGCAAAAGUUAUCAGCUUGGUAAUGCAAUUCACUCAAUGGAAUUAACUAAAAAAGAAAGUGAGGAACUAAUGGAAAGGAUUCACGAUACUGAAAAACUAAAAGAAGACUUAUUAAAAGCAAAUGUAAACAACCAAAAUUUAGUUCAAGAAAUGCAAAUUUUACGUAACGAUAUAUCUAAAAAAGACAAAGAGAUAGAAAUGCUCCAAGAAAACCUUAACUAUUUAAAAAAACAAAACGAUAAUCUGAUUAAAGUAUCAGAAAAUGAAGUUGUUUUAGAAAAGCAACUAACAGAGUUGAAAAAAGCAUAUAAACUUGAACAACUGAAAAAAGAACACACUGCUUUGCAAAAAGAAAAGGAAGAGUUACAAAAGAGUUAA